GCAGAGCGACGGGGGACCCGGCGCGGCCACUGGCAGUGGCGGCACCAUGCAGCAGGAGGCGGAGGGCAGCCGGGCGCGCCGCAGGAAGCCCGACAUGGCCCUCUACGUGCCCAAAGCGCGGCGGGAGAGAGAGGCACAAGCAGCAGGUGACACACGGGUUGGGCACCGCUGGGAGGCUGAGAACCACCGCUGGGAGCCUGAGAACCACUGCCUGGUGCAGGACUCUGGGCGGGCCAGUGGCGGGGGGCAGAGGCGAAGCCCCCGUGCCAGGACACAGGCAAGGAGGGAGAACAAGGUGGAUGCCGGCCCAAAGGAGCCGCAGACGGCCUCUGCCAGGCACAGCCAUAGGACGAGAGGCAGCUGCCCUAUUGCACUGGAAAGCCUGGAGGCAUCACCCAGUGUGUGUGAGCCAUGCCCGGAUCCAGCUGUUGCUCAGCCCUGCGACAUGCAGGACAAAGCAUCUCAUGAAGAACCCAGAGAGCUCAGCCACGGCCACAGGAUGAUAGGGAGUGCGCCUGACCCUCCAUCCCCACUGAGGGCCCAGGCUGCAGCUGUGAAGGCUACCCCUGAGCCAGGGGAUGACCCCACUAGCCCAACACUCGCUGCUAGCCCAGGACUGGUUUGUCAGACAGGCCUGAGUGGCAUGUUGGAGCACUUGGGGGACAGCACCCUAGAUCCAGAUGGGGACCUCUCCCAAAGCCUGGGUGAGGCUGUCCUGCAGCCAGCAGGGGUGGGCAACCAUGGCAGGGUGCCCCAGUUGGUGGGGGAGACGGUGGGUCCGAAAGCCUGGGAGGAGGAGAGGGAGGAGGAGAGGGAGGAGGAGAGGGAGGAGGAGAGGUCUCUCCUGACAGAACAGAGCAAGGGUUGUGCCCCUGGGGUACGGGAGGAAGAGGAGACGUGGGGAGGUAGGGCUGUGCUUCCUGGAGAGAGCACCUUGUCUGCACCAGGAGCCACCUGUGAACCUGUGUUCUUGAGGGGUAGCAUGGGUGACGUUCCAGUACUCCCAGGGGGGAGCACUCCACAGCAGGGCAUGGGCAGCCCAUCCCAGCUCCCACCUGUCGUGGAGGAGAGCGCUGCUGGUGCUGGGGAUCCCAGUGGGGAGGGUGACCCAGUGCCUGCUGUAGAGGAAGCAGGCAGCACUUCUGCCUGCACAGAUAGCAGUGCUGAGGCUGGGAGCAGCCUGUGGGAGGGAGCACCUCUGGAAAGCUGUGAGCCCCCACUGCCCCUAGAGCUGCUGUGCCGUGGCAUGGAGGGGAUCUCGCCUACGUCCUGGACCAAGGAGCUGGCAAGGCCAGAUAAGGACAUGGGCUCGCUGCAGAAGCACCAGAAGGCUGAGAAAGAAGAGAGGGGUCUCCACAGCAGCUCCCCAAAGGAAGGACAGACCAGUGCCAAUGCUGAAACCCUGAGCCAGACCAGCCCAGGUGCUGAGGAGAGCUGGGAUGUGCUGUUCAACGAUGAUGGUGACUGUCUGCACCCACGCCUGCUGGAGGAGCUCUCAGGGGGUGAGAAGCACCAGGAGAGCCAGCAGUCACCCCGCUUCAACUACUAUGGGGCCAAACCUGCUGCACCAGACAUCAGCGAUGAUGAGCUGCCCCACGUCAUCGAGAUCUACGAUUUCCCCUCGGAUUUCCGCACCGAGGAUCUGAUGCGUGUCUUCUGCAGCUAUCAGAAAAAAGGCUUUGAUAUUAAGUGGGUGGAUGAUACGCACGCCCUGGGCGUCUUCUCCAGCCCCAUAACAGCACGCGAUGCCCUCAGCACCAAGCACCUGAUGGUGAAGACACGCCCGCUCUCCCAGGGCACCCGCGCCUCUAAAGCCAAAGCCAGGGCAUAUGCUGAGUACCUGCAGCCAGCCAAGGAGCGCCCUGAAACAUCGGCUGUCCUGGCCAGGCGGCUGGUGAUUGGUGCCCUGGGGGUACGGAGCAACCAGACACCAGCCCAGCGAGAUGCCGAGCGGAGGAAGCUGCAAGAAGCUCAAGAGAGGAAGCGACUGGAGAACAAGCAGCGGGAGGAUGCCUGGGAGGGCCGGGACUGAGCCAGGUGGCUGCACUUUGAGCCCACGUCCCUCCCUGCAGGCAGGCAGAGCACUCUGUGUCUCAGAGCUGGGACAGAUUCUGCACUGCGUCCAAAAGCACCGCGCUGCUUCACCGAAAGGGCUGAGCAGCAUGCGGGCUGGUUGGUGCUGUGGGGAUGCUGUUGCUAUCGGGCAGCACUGCCCACCCUGCCCAGGGCAGAACCCCCAAGGCUGCCAGCCACAGCAGGAGCAACAGCAGGAUGCAGGGAGCUCAGCAGCGAGCAUGGGGGGCUGUGUGGUGCGGCCCUGGCCGCCUUGCAAGGCCUUGUGAGUGAGAGUUUCUUUCCUUUAUUUUGCUAAUA